AAGAGGACCGGCCCUGCCCAGUGCCCAUGGUGGGCGUCUACCUAGGUAAUUUGCACUACGGAUAAACCCAUCCAUACGUAUUCCUCUUUCCGAUCUGAUGUCUAUCUAUCGUCGAAGAAAAACUGCGAUUAGUGAGCUGCGGGAAGAGAUAGAAGAAAGGAUUUUGGAGCGAUUGCCCACUCGAGACGCCGCUAGAUGCGCUCUGCUCUCAACUCAGUGGAGGGAUGCUUGGUACCGCCAAGGGAGACUAGUCUUUGACUCGGCCUUCUACAGCUCCAUAAGAAACCGUAAGGACGACUGCUCGUCUGUUGUGAGCAUAAUAAACAACAUUCUCAUGCUCCGAGCUGGACCCGUUAAGAAAUUCACGUUUUACACUUCCUCCUCAUCUGAGCAGCCGCUGAAGCAGUCAGAUUUAGACAGGUGGUGUCUUUUUCUUUCAAGAAACGGCGUUGAGGAACUUCACCUCUCGGCCCCUUAUGGCUUAACAAAAUACAAGGUACCAUCCUGUCUGCUCUGGUGCAAGACCAUAAAGCAACUGAAAGUUGAAUUUAUCCUUUUUGACUUUCCGGCAAAUGCUGCCUGUAUAUUCCCCGGGAUGACUUCGUCAUAUUUCAGAUUGGUUGAGUUCAGGGGUAAUGAUAAGGGACUGGUCUUUAGCAUGCCCAAACUUAAGAAGCUGGGUUUGUACUUCUGCGCUGGUAUUCCUAAUUUCGUCACCAGCACUCCAAAUCUUAAAAGUUUGUCCAUAAAUAAUUUUACAAGUUCGACUGGAAGAACAUUGCUCCCGCUUCAUUUGAGCUGUAUUAAGACCCUCUCUCUCUCUUUGUGUUCGCAUGCGGCUGUUGCGGUGGCCUCAACGGCCUUCCCCACUGCAAUAAAUCUGGAAGAAAUCAAACUUCAUGGCUUCAAUUUUGGUUUUGGGAUGCAUCUUCCUUUUGCUGUCCAAUUGCUUAAAAAAUCCCCCAAGCUAUUCGUGUUGGAAAUUAAUAUUUGGAAAGGUUCUGAAGCAGCUGAUUCAGAACUUUUGGAGGACACUAUUGAAGAUCAUUUGAGGACACUAGAGAUUGUGAAGCUCAACGGGUUCAGAGCAUCCGAAAUGGAAUUGUGCCUCGUGAAAUUACUACUCUCCAAGUCGCCUGCACUCCACCACUUUGUCAUUCGUGCAGCUCAAAGUAUCAAUGACUCUUUGCAUUUCGAGGCCACAAAGAAGCUUUUGAACUUUCCUCGUGCAUCUCCCAAAUCCCAAAUUGUGUACCAUUCAGGAGCACAAAUCCUUAAAAAAAGGAUCUGAAGGUGCAUCAAUGAAUUUUUAGUAGUAUGCUAAUAUGUUAUGACUUAUGGGAGUAGUCUACCUAGUUUGGCUGGCCUGGUGUAUAUGUCUUUCCAAUUAUCUAUUGAUUGUACAUGCUAAUUGAUGGUAUAUUUGGUGUUUUUGAGCC